GCAUCAUUGUGCACAUUGUUUACAAAUUUACCUAAUUGAAAGAAACCGAAAAGGAAAAAUAAAAUUCUAUCAAAAUGGUUAAAAAGAAGCCGCUGGGAGUUGGUUUGAGUCGUGAAGAACGUAUGGUUAUUGUUAUUGGUGAAAUCAUUCAAGAACUACUAAAAUCUCACGAAGAUAAAAAAGAUGUGAACUUAAAUCGAUUAAAAAGCAAAAUUUCUUCAAAAUAUGGUCUAGAUACGUCACCUCGUCUUGUUGAUAUUAUAGCUGCUGUUCCUCAUGAAGCUAAAAAGUUUCUUUUACCGAAAUUAAAAGCAAAACCUGUCCGAACAGCUUCUGGUAUUGCUGUUGUUGCUUUAAUGUGCAAACCACAUCGAUGUCCACACAUCAAUUAUACAGGAAAUAUUUGUGUUUAUUGUCCAGGAGGACCCGACAGUGACUUCGAAUAUUCAACUCAAAGUUACACCGGAUAUGAGCCAACUUCAAUGCGAGCAAUUCGAGCUCGUUAUAAUCCUUUUCUGCAAACGCGACAUCGCGUUGAACAAUUGAAACAACUCGGACAUUCUGUUGACAAAGUUGAGUUUAUUGUUAUGGGUGGAACGUUCAUGAGUUUACCAGAAGAUUAUCGUGAUUAUUUUAUUCGAAAUCUUCACGAUGCUUUAUCAGGUCACACAUCAAAAAACGUCGCUGAAGCUGUUAAGUAUUCAGAAAAAUCGCAUACAAAAUGCAUUGGAAUAACAAUUGAAACAAGACCUGAUUAUUGUCUUAAACGCCAUUUAACUGAUAUGUUAAAUUAUGGUUGUACUCGUCUUGAAAUUGGCGUUCAAUCAGUUUAUGAAGAUGUCGCUCGAGACACAAAUCGCGGUCACACAGUGAAAGCUGUCUCAGAAUCUUUUCACAUGUCGAAAGAUGCUGGAUUUAAAGUUGUAACUCAUAUGAUGCCUGACUUACCAAACAUGGAUUACGAGCGUGAUAUCGAGCAAUUUAUAGAAUUCUUUGAAAACCCAGCUUUUCGUGCUGAUGGUUUGAAGAUUUAUCCAACAUUAGUCAUUCGUGGAACUGGCCUUUAUGAGUUAUGGAAGACAGGACGAUAUAAAUCUUAUCCACCGUCAACACUUGUUGAUUUAGUUGCGAAAAUUCUUUCACUUGUUGCUCCUUGGACUCGAGUUUAUCGUGUUCAACGCGACAUUCCAAUGCCACUUGUGAGCUCAGGUGUUGAACAUGGAAAUUUACGUGAAUUGGCUUUGGCAAGAAUGAAAGAUUUGGGAACUGACUGCCGUGAUGUUCGUACAAGAGAAGUUGGCAUUCAAGAAAUUCAUAAUAAAGUUCGACCUUACGAAAUUGAACUUAUUAGACGCGACUACACAGCGAACGGUGGUUGGGAAACGUUUUUGUCGUAUGAAGAUCCCGAGCAAGACAUUUUGGUCGGUCUUUUAAGAUUAAGAAAAAUUUCUGACCAAAGUUUUCGUCCUGAACUUCAAGGCGCUUGUUCAAUUGUAAGAGAACUUCAUGUUUAUGGUUCGGUUGUUCCAGUCAAUGCUCGUGAUCCAACAAAAUUCCAGCAUCAAGGAUUUGGAAUCUUGUUGAUGGAAGAGGCUGAAAGGAUAGCAAGAGAAGAACAUGGAAGUACAAAGAUGGCAGUAAUAUCUGGUGUCGGAACGAGAAAUUAUUAUCGUAAAAUGGGAUACGAACUUGACGGACCUUACAUGUCAAAAUCAUUGUAAUAAUGUCGUUUGCUUCUAAAUAUUUACCUAAAUAAAAUGAAAAUUUAUUUCACAAUCUUAAGAUCACA